AUGGCUACUCCGGCGCAUCAGGACCAGUCGCAGCUGGUGGUUGACCCCAACACACUUCCUGUCGAAGCCGAACCCGUCAGAAGUCAGACUGAAUCUCACGAAGAUGCGAAACUUUUGAAGUCAAUGGGCUACAAGCCAGUCCUGCAUAGAACAUACACCCUGGUUGAGAACUUUUCAACGACAUUCGCCGCGUUGUACUUUGUCGGAGGUGUGCGGGUCACAUUCAGCACCGGUAUCGCAGCAGGCGGUAACCUGGCUUACUGGACGAGUUACCUGGUAACCAUGGUCUUCACUUACAUCACUGCUGCGGUCAUUGCGGAAGUAUGUUCGGCCUCUCCGUCUGCAGGAUCCAUCUACCUCUGGGCCGCAGAGGCGGGAGGCCCUCGGUUCGGUAGACUCCUGGGCUUCGUCGUUGCAUGGUGGAGCACCACUGCAUGGACGACGUUUUGCGCCAGCAACACUCAGGCUGCCGUGAACUACAUGCUUUCCGGUGCUGAUCAAACACGGCAGGAGUUGACUGUGUUCAACGUCGACUUUCCGAAAGACACCUCCAGCGUCAAGUUCCGCGCCGUGCAGUGGAUCUGCACUGAGAUCCUCCUGGCAUUGGCCGCGCUCCUGAACUAUCUGCCGCCCCGUGCAUACAAAUGGGUCUUCUACUGCUCGUCACUCAUCGUCCUGCUGGACUUCUUCCUCAACCUGAUCUGGCUGCCCAUCGGCGCCGCCAACACCUGGGGCUUCCGCACGGCGGAGGAGGCCUUCAUGUCCACGUACAACGGCACCGGCGCCCCUGCAGGCUGGAACUGGUGUCUGUCCUAUCUCGCGACGGCCGGGAUCCUGAUCGGAUUCGACGCUUCCGGUCAUGUCGCCGAGGAGACCAAGCACGCCUCCGUGACCGCCGCCCGCGGUAUCUUCUGGAGCACCGUAGUCAGCGGCAUUGGCGGGCUUGCGACGAUCAUCCUCUUCCUGUUCUGCGCGCCCGACCCAGACACGCUCUUCUCCUUCGGCUCCCCGCAGCCCUUCGUGCCUCUCUACGCCGUCGUACUCGGCAAAGGCGGCCACAUCUUCAUGAACAUAAUCUGCAUCGUCGCCCUAUGGCUGGUACGAGUCCCGUCCCCCUCUAGCCCCGAAAACCCCUCCCUCCCCACCAAACCCAACCCGACCCUCCUAACCAAAACAUUCGUCGGGAAACAGAACACCGCGAUCGCCAUCCUCGCCGCCUCGCGGCUCGUCUUCGCCGUCGCGCGCGACGGCGUCCUCCCCUUCUCGCACUGGGUGUCGCGGGUCAAGAACGGCCAGCCGCGCAACGCGGUCAUCGUGGUCUGGGGCGUGGCGGCCCUGAUCUCGUGCACGCUGCUGCCGUCGGACGUGGCGUUCACCUCGCUGGUCUCCGCCGCGGGCGUCCCCAGCGCCGCCGCCUACGGGCUCAUCUGCCUGGGCCGGCUGCUGUGCACGCCCGACCGCUUCCCCAAACCCGAGUGGAGUCUGGGCCGCCUCAGCAAGCCCUUCCAGUUCAUCGGCGUCUUCUGGAACGCCUGGGUCGUCGCCAUUCUCUUCUCCCCCUACGAGUUCCCCGUCACCGGGGCGAAUCUGAACUACGCCCCCAUCAUCAUGGCCGGUGUGACCAUCUUCGCCCUGAUCUCCUACUGGGUCACCCCGGAAAGCGCGUGGUUGCCGAUCGAUCGCAUCUCGCAUUUCAUCGAUAGUAAAGGGGCGGUGCAGAGCUCGGUUGAGGAGGUCGGCGUGAGUAGCGCCAGUCAUGGUGGCGGUGGUGCUCGUGCGGGGGAAGGCGGUGGACCUUCUUCGGAGACGACUGAGUGA